AUGGACAAGCGUACUCGUCGGGCCACCCAGCUUGCAAUCCAGUUCGACAAUUAUCGCCAGGAGGCACGCCCCUGGUCAGGUGAUUUCGACGCAGAUACACUUUCCCGCGUUAUCAUCAUCCUGACCCCUUUACCUGCCGGGCCCGCCAAUCCCUCAACCUCGCCAUCCACUUCCGUCAUCCUUCCAUCUUCAGAGGAUCCAUUUCCACCUUCCUGGCCCAUCGACAGGUCUAUACUCAACAAGGCCGUCAAGGAUUUCCUCCGUCUGACGUCUCACCUCGCCGUUCCAAGUCCUAUAACCCCUCUGUCGAGCGAGCCUGCGUGUCCGCUCGGGAGACCCCGACCUAAGCGAACUACGAGCAAGCCUCCUAGUUCACCGGCUUCCAUACCUCAAUCUUCGACGUCUGUAUCGGACCAACCGACUGCCCAACCUGCUGCUGUAAUACACCUUUCCACACCCCAGUCUUCGACGCCCAUUUCGGACCGACCGACUGCCCAAGCUACUGCUGUCAUACGCUACGCGCACAGGCCCGCUACUACACAACGGCAGCCUCGUUUCAGUCCCCGGCCAGACAGUUACAACAGCAAGUUUUUCCGAACCGAGGACGAAAAUUCCGCACCACAGGCUAAGGACAGCCACACAGACCUUCUACAGGACGACCAAGCGGAAGUCCAGUCUCCGGAAGACCAACAAGCAGAAGACGACCAGGCGGAAGUCCAGUCUCUAGGAACCGAACAAGCCGAAGACGACCAAGCGGACCUCCACUCUCACGAGGCCGGCAUUAAACACCUAACCCCGGAACGACCCCCAGUAUAG